GGGUCAAAGUGAAGCUGGAAUCGAAUAUAAUCGACAACGUGGAGGAGACUAAAUCCGUCAACCUGGAGCCCGCUUGUCACAAGAGGCGGAAAUGUGAGGCUGACGGGAAGGAAGUGAAGGCCGAGCUGACGGCCCAACGCAAUAUGUUUCCCAGCGCUCAAAUUAAAAUGAGUAUAUUUGUUAGAUUGCUGUCGCCAAGCAGUUCGCCAGCAACAUCACCAACGAUGUCCAACUCGUCAUCUCCAACACCCCCAACCCAACCACCACCCACUUACAAUCAGAAAAUGACGGGAAUCCCCUGCGUCGCCGCAGCUUCCCGUUACACAGCCCCAGUUCACAUCGACGUCGGUGGAACUAUUUACACUUCUUCAUUGGAGACAUUGACAAAGUACCCCGAGUCGAGAUUAGCUAAACUCUUCAAUGGAAGUAUUCCGAUUAUGCUUGAUUCCCUGAAGCAGCAUUACUUCAUCGAUCGGGAUGGCGGCAUGUUUCGACACAUUCUCAAUUUUAUGAGAAAUUCACGUUUACUCAUUCCUGAUAAUUUUGCUGAUCUUGAUUUGUUGCUUGAGGAGGCACGGUAUUUUGAUAUUGGACCGCUGUGCAGACAAUUGGAGCAGAUGAAGAAAGAUCGUCUGAAAAAUGGCGCGAUGUCGCCCCCAAGUCCACCCUCCGGUCAGACAGGUAGAGGUCCAGCAUGUCGUGAUGAUAAAAAAAGUGGAGAAGCUUACGAAUGCGUCGCUCUUCAUGUGAGUCCAGACCUAGGUGAAAGGGUGAUGCUGUCCGGUGGACGAUCACUCCUCGACGAAGUCUUCCCUGAAACAACCCAGGCUGUCAUCGACGCGCGUUCCGGUGUUGCCUGGCACCACCAGGACACACGUCACGUCAUCAGAUUUCCUCUCAACGGUUUUUGCAAGUUGAAUUCCGUUCAGGCAAUCACGAGACUCCUGAAUGCUGGAUUUCGAGUAGUCGCUAGUAACGGCGGAGGUGUCGAGGGUCAACAGUUCUCCGAGUACCUUUUCGUGCGCCAGGGGUGCAACACCUGACAGACAACAUCCGUCAGCAAAAAAAAUUUUUAGAUCUCUGGGGGACUGGGGUUUUCUUAUUGGCUCGGGUCAACUCGACCCCACCAUAUUUAAGAGUGUACCUUAUGUAAUUUAUACAAUCGACAAUUAUUCAUUAAUGUAAAUAUCAGUUUAAAGAAAAUUUCAUGUUUAUAGGUAUAUUGAUGUACUUGGGUACGAAUUGAAAAUAAAAAUUUAUAACUUUCAUUGAAACAUUUAAA